AUCUCAAAAAGCACUAUGAAAUUUUCCCCCCUAAUAACUGAUCAGACAUGAACAGCAACGUUGUGUGUGUAACUGGAGCUUCAGGUUACAUAGCUUCAUGGCUCGUUCGUUACCUUCUCCAUCGUGGUUACACUGUUAAAGCCACCGUUCGCGACCCAAGUGAUCCGAAGAAGAUCAACCACUUGGUUAAGCUUGAAGGUGCUAAGGAGAGAUUACAACUGUUUAAGGCAAAUCUACUUGAACAGGGAGCUUUUGAUUCUGCUGUUCAAGGCUGUCAUGGUGUGUUUCACACUGCAUCUCCCUUCUAUCAUCAUGUCAAAGACCCUCAGGCUGAGUUGAUUGAUCCUGCACUCAACGGGACUCUCAAUGUUCUCAAAUCAUGUGCCAAAUCGCCAUUACUCAAACGUGUUGUCUUAACCUCUUCUGCUGCUGCUGUUGCGUACAAUGAAAAGCCUCGAACUCCUGAUGUUGUUGUUGAUGAAACUUGGUUUACUGAUGCUGAUUUCUGUGCCAAAUUAAACCUGUGGUAUGCGGUUUCGAAAACAUUGGCUGAAGAAGCUGCAUGGAAAUUUGUUAAAGAAAACAACAUUGAUAUGGUUACUAUUAACCCAGCAAUGGUCAUAGGGCCUCUCUUGCAACCAGUCCUAAACACAAGUGCUGCUGCAAUUCUAAACCUGAUUAAUGGUACACAAACAUUUCCAAAUUCUACUUUGGGAUGGGUGUAUGUGAAAGAUGUUGCAAAUGCCCAUAUUCUGGCGUACGAGAAUGCUUCAGCUAGUGGAAGACAUUGUUUGGUUGAGAGUGUAGCGCACUACUCAGAAAUUGUGAAGAUUUUACGUGAACUGUACCCUUCGUUGCAACUCCCAGAGAAGUGUGCGGACGAUAAGCCAUAUGUGCCUACAUAUCAGUUUUCCAAAGAAAAGGCAACGAGUUUGGGAAUUGAAUAUACUCCUUUGGAAGUGAGCAUCAAGGAAACUGUUGAAAGUUUGAAAGAAAAGAAGUUCGUCAACUUUUAAUUUGUGAUAUCUCCUUGUUUAGGUUUUUGAUGCCUAUGCUUGUGAAGAAACUUAGUAUGUGACGAUCAUGUUCAAAACCCUUCUACAAAAGAUAACCUUGGAGUGUGAUAUGAAAAAAGGGAAAAAGAAAGUGGAAAAUGCUGCAAAAUAUGUAAAUUUGUGUGUCGAUAAUGAAAUCACACCCCUUGUAUUUAUAAUGGUAUUACUGUAAAUGUAUUAAAUGUUUAAGGAAUAAGCACUAGCUUAGAAAGUUGUAUA